CUAUCCUUCACAGUGCAUCCACAUAACUCCCACCACACAAACCAACUAUCCCAGCCAGCCGGCGCUCGGGACCAUCCCGACCGUCGGAGGGGAUGGAGACGGCUAUCGGCGCGGCAGGCUGGCUCGUCGGCAAGGUGUUGGAGAAGCUGUCCAAUGACUUGGUGGCUGCGUAUGUGGCUAGCUCCGAGCUCGGCCUCAACUCCGAGCAGAUCCAAACCAAGCUGAACUACAUGCAAGGGUUGCUGCACACGGCGCAGGACAGGGAAGUGAGCAGCAACCCUGGCCUGCAGAACUUGCUGCAGGACCUUAGCAAGAAGGCUAAUGAGGCUGAGGAUGCUCUGGAUGAGCUCCAUUACUUCAUGAUCCAAGACAAGUUGGAUGGCACCCAGGAGGCCGUCCCAGACCUGGGUGACGACCUCCGUGGUCAUGUUGGCCAUGCUCGCCAUGCUGCUCGCCACACCAUUGGUAACUGGCUUCCAUGCUUUUCUUGCUCACGUACUCAUGAUGAUGUUCCUUCUGCUGCUAGUGUUGUUACCAGUAACCCACACAAUGCAACCCAGUCUGCUAGUGUUAAUAAUGGUGGUUAUGUUGUUGAGUUGAAAUUUGAUAGAGUGGCCAUGUCCAACAGAAUCAAGUCAGUGAUAGAGAGCAUACGUGACCUUUGUGAUCCUGUCUCUGACCUACUGAAUAAAAUCCCAUAUAAGAACAUAGUUAUCACUCGGCCUCACACUGUUUCAACAGCUAAACAAGGUAAAUUGUAUGGGAGGGGUGUCAUGUUUGAGCAAACUAUAAAUGCACUCACCAGCGGCACAGAUUGCAGUGACACACUUUCUAUUCUGCCUAUUGUCGGUCCUGGGGGUAUGGGAAAGACAACUUUCACUCAAUACUUGUAUAAUGAUAAAAGGAUUGAGGGACACUUUACUGUCAAGGUCUGGGUAUGUGUGUCAACUGAUUUUGAUGUGCUUAAGCUCACCCGGCAGAUCCGUAGCUGCAUACCUGCAACUGAAAAAGAAGAAUACAACUGUACACAUGAAACAGCCAAUUUAGACCAGCUUCAAAAAUCCAUCGGAGAGAGGCUGAAGUCCAAAAGAUUUUUAAUUGUCUUGGAUGACAUUUGGAAAUGCAAUAGUAAAACUGAUUGGAAUAACCUGUUAGCUCCAUUCCGACAGGGGGAAACCAAGGGCAGCAUGGUUCUUGUCACAACUCGGUUUCCUUCUAUAGCACAUAUGGUGAAAACCACUGAUCCAGUAGAACUACAUGGUCUGGAGCCUAAUGAUUUCUUUGAAUUCUUUGAAGCAUGUAUGUUUGGUCAUAGCAAACCCGAGCAUUAUGAAGAUGAGCUAAUUGAUGUCGCAAGAGAUAUUGCAAAGAAACUAAAGGGUUCACCACUAGCAGCCAAUACAGUUGGUCGAUUAUUGGAAAAAAACCUUUCUCGGGACUAUUGGAUUGGAGUUCUUGAAAAGGAUGAAUGGCAAAAUGCCAAAGAUGUUGAUGAUAUUAUGCCAUCUCUAAAAAUUAGUUAUGAUUGCCUCCCUUUCCUUCUGAAAAAAUGUUUUUCUUAUUUUGCCGUCUUCCCUGAAGAUUAUAGGUUUUAUAAUUUGGAAAUUACUAGCUUUUGGACCGCGAUAGGUAUCUUAGACUCUAGUUGCCAAGACAAUAACAAUUACUUAGAAGAACUAGUGGACAAUGGUUUUCUCAUAAAGGGAGUUGAUAAGUCUAAUGAUGAGUACUAUCUGAUGCAUGAUUUAUUGCAUGAACUAUCCCGUAAUGUUUCAUCACAAGAAUGUGUCAAUAUAAGUAAUUCAAGUUUUAGUGCUGAUAACAUCCCACAAUCUGUCAGGCACUUAUCAGUCACCAUAGACAUAGAGAAUAUAGAUGAAAAAUUUGAGGAAGAAAUUGGUAAAUUGAAGAGCAUGAUAGACAUAAAAAAUUUGCGGUCGUUGAUGAUUUUUGGAUGUCAUGAUGCAAGAAUAGCUAAUAUUUUUAAAAAUGCAUUUGAAGACAUAAGUUGUCUUCGAGUUCUGUUUAUAAGAAUGAACACUCAAGAAUCUUUGCCAAACAACUUUUCAAAUCUUAUCCACCUUCAGUACCUUAAAAUUAGUUCACCCUACUACUCAAAGGAAAUGAGUUUACCUAGCACAUUGCAUAGAUUUUACCACUUGAAAUUCUUGGACCUUGAAAAUUGGCAUGGUAGUAAAAAAAUGCAUAAAGACACUAGCCGCCUUUUCAAUUUACGCUAUUUUUCUUCUUCUAAAGAACUCCAUUCCAAUAUUCCUGAGGUUGGAAAGAUGAAGUGUUUACAUGAGCUAAAAGAGUUCUGUGUUAAGAAAGAGAGUACUGGAUUUGAAUUGCACGAGCUGGGGGAACUGAGAGAGCUCGGAGGUGAACUCACUCUAUGUAAUCUUGAAACCGUGGCGUCCAAGGGAGAUGCUAGUGCAGCCAAAUUGAAGAACAAAAGAAAUCUGAAAGAGCUGAGGUUAGUUUGGGGUACAGAGCGCCGGACGAUAGAUGAUGAUGUUCUUGAUGGUCUUCAACCACACCCUAAUCUUAGGGUGCUUGGCAUUAUAAAUCCUGGUGUUGGCCCUUGUCCUAGAUGGUUGUGUGGUGAGGUUAGCACAAAAAGGUUGGAGAUGCUCCAUCUAGAGGGCCUAUCUUGGUGUACUCUUCCAGAUUUUGAGCAGCUACCACAUCUCACCAGUCUCACUUUGAAGAAUAUUGCCAGAAUGCGUGUGUUCGGGCCAGAAAGAAGCUUCAUGCACCUGAAGAAACUUGAGUUUGAGAAUAUUCCAGAGCUUGAGAAGUGGGUCGGGGAACCUAAUCCCCGUCUAUUUUCAAGGCUUGAAACCAUCAAGUUUGGAGGUUGUCCCCUUCUCAGCUUUUUCCCCUUCUUGGAGUGCUCUAACCUAUUUACAAGCCUGUGUAGUCUUCAUAUUGAUAACUGCCCUGAGUUGUCUCAGUUCCCACCCAUGCCCCACACCUCCACACUAACAGAUAUUCAUGUGAAAAAUGGUGGGUCGGAGCUAUUAUAUGAUGGUAAGAAAUUGAGCAUCGAAGGGUAUGCCAGUGCUUUGGCCUUCCACAAUAUGGAUAAAGUAGAGGUUAUGAAAAUUACGGAUGUAUCACGUCUGAAUGAGAGUGUUGUCCUCCAUUCAGUUCAAACUCUUGUCAUAGAUGAAUUAUGUCCUUCUGGAGAAUUGGUUUCUAUUUCUGGAGAAUCGCUUUCUAAGGUUUUAAAGUGUUGCCCAGCUGUUUCCCAGCUUACCACCAGUCAUUGUGAGAGCCUUGAGCUUCUGCCUAUGGGGGGUGGAGGACUCUCGGGCCUCAGAAUGCUCCAAUCGUUUACAGGAUCCAGUUGUGGGGAGUUGUUCUACCGGUGGCCCAAGGGAGAAGUAGGUGGAGGAGCUCAUGCCAUCAAGCCUUUCCCUACUUCCCUCAGGGAACUUAAUAUUUCCUUUGAGUCAAGCAUGCAGUCAAUGGGUCUGCUCUCAAACCUCACGUCUCUCACCAGUCUAAGCCUAAUAGGUUGUGAAGAACUAACAAUGGAUGGGUUCAAUCCUCACAUCACAGUCAACCUCAAGAAACUGAGCAUAGAUGCUAUGCAUUUUAGACAAGGGAACAUCUCUAUAGUAGGGGAUCUGCUCUCACAGAUUGCAAGGAGCAACUUAAUGAAUGCAGGUUCAUUCCACUUGGAAGAAUUACGGGUGGAUAGCAUCUCGGCAGUGCUUACUGUUCCCAUCUGCAGCCACCUUGCCGCAAGCCUCCACACAUUGCGGUUCAGUUAUGAUCAGUGUGCAAGAACCUUCACGAAAGGGCAAGAGCAAGCGCUGCAGCUCCUCACCUCCCUCAAAAAUCUAGAAUUUCAGAAAUGCAGUAAUCUGGAGUCCUUCCCUCAAGUGUUAAGUGGCCUAUCUUCCCUCAAGAGACUAUAUAUCAUGGAUUGUGAGAAAAUCGAAUGCCUGCCGCCCAAGGAGGGCCUCCCCGCUUCACUGGAAUAUCUGGCAGUAUGCUGUUAUAGUAGGGACCUAAUUGAGCAAGCCAGAAAACUGAAAGAAAGUGACCCAUGGUUUGAUGUACCAGCACUAUUUUGAUGACUCCCCUAUGGGAUCUCGGGGUUUCCCUGCUGCCAUCGCCGCCGGUUGCGCGCGCGGGCGGCGGUGGAGCGGAACUAUGGCGGCCGGCGGGGAUGGUCGCAGGGUCGCAAAAUCGCAGUGAGCUGGUCGUGAUCCGCCCCCGACCCUGGGUAAGCAGCAGGCAAAGGGCGUGAGCGGGCAGCAGGUCUCCAAAUAUGUGGCGACACUGUAGGCAUUAUGGCCGACGGUGGCGUCUUUCUUGCUUGCAACGAAUGUGCCUUCCCGGUCUGCCGCCCUUGCUAUGAGUACGAAUGCAAGGAAGGGAACAAGCGCAGGUGCCAGACUAGAUACAAGAGGCUGAAAGAACUAUAAGCAGACCUGAAUAAUGGAUCAUGUGACACCAGGUUUAAUCGUUCUGUUGUUAGCAUGAUUUGAUUCUGCAAACUGUGCCUCAUCUGGAAAGGAACAGCACUUCUGAUGGUUAUGUGGCAGUGGCAACCAACUCUCCAUUCUCAGAUUGUGCCUUUGUCUUCUUCGAUGAAACAACCAUUGUGAACAUGCUGAACAUGUGGACCUGUUCGUGGUCGAUCCAACGAAAAUCGUGACACAUACUAUAUGGCGUUUGUUUUUGUUGGUCUUCAGUUUGUAAUAUCAAAUAAGAAAGGAGGUUAAGUCCUUAAAUUUCAAUGGCUCGUUGGUCAAAUCAUUUGUGCAGUCAUAGAGGGCUUUCUAGUGAUUGGAUGGCUUGUGUUCCACGAUAUUAACAAUCUGGGUGGAGAAUCAUUACCUAAAUGGCAAUUUCUGUCAACGGUGGAUUCUUGCAGUUAGUGGCUUUGCAUUCAGAACAAUUGCAACCAGUCAUGUAUUCUGAAGCAGCUGCACUGACCACAAUUCCGAAAGGUUUUCCUCUCAAUUUGCCGGCCAAAACCCACAAGAAUACAUGACUAAGACUGCUCUGGACGACAGGUGGCUCAAUCUGUCCUUCUCUUGUUUGCGAAGUUUAGAUGGAGCAAUUGCACUGAGAAUUUGAUCAGCAGGUCCACCAUUAAGCAAAUUAAGUCCGGAAGGAGGAACGACGCCCUUGCUUUUUUUAGAAAUGGAGGAGGACCCCCGGCCUCUGCAUCUUUUUUUAGAACGACGCGCUUGCUAUGGCCCGCUUCUUCCUGAGCAGCGAACCAGGCCUCCCUCUCUGACGUGCUGUGCUCCACGGCCUGAAACUAUUCUUCUGCAGAACAAUUGCAACCAACAGUGGCUGGUGAGCUCUCGUGGUUAGCAGUUUUGCAUUCAAGGCAUACCUCCUUCAUCCAAAUAAUAACACCAAUGGAAGCACCUUUCUUUAUUUUUCUAACGCAGCAACUCCACAAAGUUUUUUCGCUAAUACCGUACUGGCAAAGCCAAACUCGAAGGAGUCUUAAUUCAUGGCUGCUCCGGAUGAUGGGUAGCACGAUCUGUCUUUGUUCUCCCAUCUGCCAUGCUAAUAUACUCAAUGGAGCAUGUGUGCGCCUGGUUCGCCAUGAAUCAAAACAAGGUCACAAGGAGGAACAGUCAUCCAAACGUAUGCUCUGAAGCUUAAAUUGGUGGUAUCAUAUUCCGUGUCCAGGACCCCAGGAUGAUGUUGUUGGGAGUGCCAAUUGCCAAGUGCUUGUAUGUGUACACAACAAAUUACUGAUGCCGACAAGGCGACGACGCAUGCCAAGCCAUGGCUUCUCACUCCCUCAACGACGCGCUCAUUGUCGCUGCGGCCCGCCACUUCCUGCACGGCAUAUUUCCAUGUCACCGGCGUAAUUUGGGGCCGACACCGAGCUGCUACCAGUUCGGCCUAUCCACCUGAAGGGACAUCUUUCCGAACUUGACUCUGAAAAUUCAAAUGCUACCAUAUUCAGUGUCCAGGAAUCCGGGGUCGUUGCUGUAUACACUGUAUUUUACAGCGAAGCGGUACAGCAUCCUGAUGUCCACAAUGUCCUGCGCCUCGGGUUUGCACGUCCGCUCUUCUUACUCUGUCUCCUACGCCAAGACAACCUCGCCAUCUUCGACCACGGCACCGCCUGGGCCCACAUCACCGGCGCAACUUGGACCAUGGGCUGAGACCGAGCGGCUCAUCAUCCACGCCCUGAUGUUAUACGCCAUUAGCACCAUGUGUACAUGGAUACACCUGCAUGUAUCUGUUAGAUGAAUGACUUGAUAGACAUGAGCACGGAUUAUCAUCUUCCUUGUGAAAGAGUACAUGUUAAUUCGUCGUGUAUAUGAUAAAUGUAUAGACGUAUGUGACAGCAAGACACAGUGUAGAUUCGUCGCAAGAAAAAGACACGGUUUAGAUUAUCGUGAUGACACUGAGACAUCAGUUAACAUGUCUUGUUUCAA